AUGGCCAAAUACGCCAUGAACACCGAAGGACAAGACCCCGUGGUUCCCAGGCCGCUGCCACACGAGGGCGCAAGGCAAGCUCAGUGCCGUGAACGCCGGGCAAUUAGCGCAGCCGCUCAAAUCACAGUUCGAGCAGCAGUCGCCACAGCAGUCGCAGCUGCAGCAAUCGCAGCUGCAGCAAUCGCCGCACGCCCCGCAGAGCUGGUCCCAGUCCGUGAAUAUGAAGCACCACGAGCAACAAUCGCCCCACGCGCCGCGCUGCCACCACGGUUGCUCGUCGGCCGUGCCGCCGCUGUAGUCGCCGCCACCGCCACCGCCGCCGUCGCCGGUCAUUGA